ACGCAGAGGGCGAGGAAGACUGAAAAGGCCUAAACGCAGCUUCGCUACAAACGUCUCUUACGUAAACCCCUCAACAAACGUCCGAUUUCUUUCUCAUUUAUAGAAUCCCCACCAGACUCUGAGAGAGAGAGAGAGAGAGAGAGAUGGGAAGAACACAGAUGGAGGUGGGAGCUGAUGGGGUUGCUCUUAUCACCAUCACAAAUCCACCCGUCAAUUCCUUGUCCUUUGAUGUAUUAUACAGCUUAAGAGAUAAUUAUGAGCAAGCUUUACGAAGAGAUGACGUGAAAGCGAUUGUUAUUACGGGUACGAAAGGCAAAUUUUCUGGGGGGUUUGAUAUCACUGGCUUCGGUGGAAUGCAAGGGGGAAAGGUGGCACUGCCAAAGCCGGGUUACAUUUCAAUAGAUGUUUUCACUGACAUGUUUGAAGCUGCGAAAAAGCCUUCAGUGGCAGCUAUUGACGGUCUCGCUCUUGGCGGCGGACUAGAGGUUGCGAUGCUUUGCCAUGCACGUAUUUCUACUUCGAAUGCUCAACUAGGACUGCCUGAGCUUCAACUUGGAAUAAUUCCUGGGUUUGGAGGAACGCAGCGACUUCCUCGCCUUGUGGGCCUUUCUAAGGCCCUUGAAAUGAUUCUGAUGUCGAAGCCGAUAAAAGCAGAGGAAGCUCAUGCCUUGGGUCUUGUCGAUGCCAUAGCCUCCCCGCAGGAGUUGGUAAUGACAGCUCGUCGUUGGGCUCUUGAUAUUGCUGAACGUAAAAGACCAUGGGUUGUCAGCCUUUACAGAAGCGACAAGCUAGAGCCCCUUGGGGAGGCUAGGGAAGUACUCAAGUUUGCAAGAGCUCAGGCCCGAAAACAAGCUCCCAAUCUCCAACACCCAUUGGUUUGCAUCGACGUCAUUGAAGAGGGUAUUGUUUCAGGCCCCCGAGCUGGACUUUUCAAGGAGGUGGAGUCUUUUCAAAAACUUAUUCUAACGGACACCUGCAAGGGCUUGAUCAACAUCUUCUUUGCACAACGUGCGACCUCAAAGGUUCCUGGGGUCACUGAUUUGGGUCUUGUGCCAAGGAGAAUAACGAAAGUAGCUAUCCUUGGAGGAGGAUUAAUGGGCUCUGGAAUAGCAACUGCCUUGAUACUUGGUAACAUUCCCGUGAUUUUGAAAGAAGUAAAUGAGAAGUUCUUAGAUGCUGGAGUUGGCAGAGUCAAAGCGAAUCUGCAAAGCCGUGUUAGGAAAGGAAACAUGACUCAAGAGAAGUUCAAUAGAACCUUCUCCCUUCUUAAGGGUGUUCUUGACUAUGAAAGCUUUAAAGAUGUGGACAUGGUCAUUGAGGCUGUUAUCGAGAAUGUUUCUCUAAAACAACAAAUUUUUGCUGAUCUUGAAAAAUAUUGCCCGCGCCAUUGCAUACUUUCAAGUAAUACUUCUACAAUUGACUUGAAUUUGAUUGGGGAAAGGACAAAGUCCCAUGAUCGUAUUGUUGGGGCACAUUUCUUUAGUCCUGCUCAUGUCAUGCCGCUCUUGGAAAUAGUCCGUACUCAUAGAACAUCCCCUCAAGUGAUUGUAGACUUACUGGAUGUCGGGAAAAAGAUCCGUAAAACCCCAGUUGUGGUUGGGAACUGCACAGGUUUCGCUGUCAACCGAAUGUUCUUUCCUUACUCGCAAUCAGCGCUCUUAUUCGUUGAUCGUGGUCUAGAUGUCUAUCGGAUUGAUCGUGCAAUUACGAAAUUUGGAAUGCCAAUGGGCCCAUUCAGAAUGGUUGAUCUCGUCGGUUUCGGGGUAGCAGUAGCAACAGGUGCCCAAUUCGUUCGGAGCUUUCCAGAUAGAUGCUACAAGUCAGCACUAAUGCCGCUGAUGGUUGAGGAUAAGAGGGCAGGCGAAGCUACUCGCAAGGGUUUCUAUGUAUAUGACAAUAAGCGGAAGGCGAGUCCGGAUCCAGAAAUACAGAAAUACAUUGAGAAGUCGAGGAGCAUAGCUGGCGUAACAGCUGAUCCCAUGCUUAUGAAGUUAUCAGACAAGGAUAUAGUGGAAAUGAUCUUCUUGCCUGUUGUGAAUGAGGCCUGCCGUGUCCUUGCAGAAGGAAUUGCCGUCAAGUCAUCAGACCUCGACAUUGCUUCUGUCAUGGGCAUGGGGUUCCCUGCAUACAGGGGAGGUAUCAUAUUUUGGGCCGAUUCUCUUGGGUCCAACUACAUAUGUUCGAGGCUGCAGGGAUGGUCAAAGACCUAUGGAAACUUCUUUAAGCCUUGCUCCUACUUGGUGGAAAGGGCUGCCAAAAACGCGCCUCUGAGUGGUGCGGCGGAGCAGGGCAAGUCUCGACUGUAAAACCAACUGGCUGUGCAAUCGCAUCCCUCAUGGGUCUUCUCCCGGAGGGACAUUUUUAUGUGGGGAAAAUCAUUUCAAUAAAAUGAAAUGUUAAAACAUAAAAAUAAAAAGAUGUUAAGCAUCUCAAUUUGGGGUGAUUUCGUUUUUUCGAUCGAGGCUACUGAGUCUGUUGUAUUGAUGCUUUCACUUGAUUACUAAUAACAUAGAAUUAGAUUGCAUUA